GUAGACGAAACUAACCCUCUCUCUCUCUCUCUCUCUCUCUCUCUCUCUCACACACACACACACACACACACAUCAUAUACGUACUAAGCCACCACAUGUAUACCAUCAUCUUAAGUGGCCUCUCUUACUUUUAGACCCAGUUGCUGCAAAGUGGUUGAUUUUCCUUUCUCUCUCUCUCUCUCUCUCUGAGAAGACUCAUCAAAUUGCUCUUUUAGCUUUCCCUUUUUUCCUUCCCUAGCUCUUUGAUCUAUGGAUGCAGCUCAGUGGCCACAGGGGAUAGGAAUGGAAGGAUCAAGGGGUACUAUAAUAACAAGUGAAAGCAGGAGGCCAAGGCCAGAAAAAGAUAGACAAGCUUUGAACUGUCCAAGGUGCAAUUCUACCAACACCAAGUUUUGUUACUACAACAACUACUCACUCUCCCAGCCAAGGUACAUAUGCAAGACUUGUAGAAGGUACUGGACUGAAGGUGGGUCCCUCAGAAAUGUUCCAGUUGGUGGAGGUUCAAGGAAGAACAUCAACAACAAGAGUAGAUCAUCACCACUGCCACCAUCUUCAUCAAAAAAGCAGCUUCCUCAUCACCACCAUGAUCUGACCGCACCUGUAAAUAGUACUUUUCCGCAAUCUUCUACCGCUUCUCAGACGUCUCAGAAGUACCCUAAUAAUAAAAUCCAUCAAGGCCAAGACCUAAACCUAGCUUACCCACCACCACCACCAACUACCGGUAGUUACAAAUAUACCCCUUGUUCUUCAUCCCAGAUUUCAUCAAUGGAGCUUUUCAAUUUCAAGAAGUAUGAAAUUGCGUCAAUUUACUCGUGUGGAUUUCCAAUGCAAGAAUUGAUCAAGCCGCCUAGCCUUAAUUUUGGUGUUGAUGGGUAUGGUAAUUUGCAAGGGGUACUUCAAGAGGGCGGUAGUACUAGUAGGAGUAGUGGUAGUACUAAUAAUUCUAGGAUGUUUUUCCCUUUUGAGGAUUUGAAGAUUCAGCAGGCGGCACAAAGCAGUACUACAAGUACUAAUAUAGCUGAUCAUGAAUUUUAUGACCAUGAGAAGAAAGAUAUUAUUAGUGGGGAAGCCGGAGAUGAUCAGCAGGCAAUUACUGGGUACUACUGGAGUAGUAGUGGGAUGUUAGGUGGUGGUGGAGGGUCAUGGUUGGCAUAAUAAUAUAAAAAUGGAAAGCAAAAGCAUGAGGAAUAUUUGAAGGGUACUUGUUUGUUUGUUUGUUUUUGUCUUUGUUUUUGCUUUCAUUUGGUGAAAACUUGUUUGAGUUUUAUGAGAAAACAGAUAGAUGCUCAGCAAAUUAAUGAAUAUUCUUUCUUUGUGUUUCUCUAA